AUGUAUCCUGUUAAGAUUGCAGAAGAUAGCAAUUUUUCUUCGAAAGCCAGCACCAGUAAGCUGCCGACCGAUGCGUCUCCUGACUCCAAGUGCCCCAUCUGCCUGGACAGAUUUGACAAUGUGGCGUAUCUGGAUCGCUGCUUGCACAGGUUCUGCUUCCGCUGCGUCCAAGAGUGGUCCAAGAACAAAGCAGAAUGCCCGCUGUGCAAGCAACCCUUCUUUUCCAUUUUCCAUACGAUUCGUGCUGAAGAUGACUUCAAGGAGUACAUCCUGAGCCCUUUAGAAACAAGCUCUUUUGCCAGCCCCGAUGGCCGGAGGUUUCGUUACCGCACCACCUUAACGAGGGAACGCCGCAGGCGCGGUUCCCCUUCCCGAAGGGUGGCGUCCCCUCCGGAUAACGGGAUGUUGUUUGAAGGGCUGUCGAGCGAGCCGGCGCGACACAGGCACAGAGAGAUUGAGCAGAUGCUCAGGAGGCUGGCCUCGAGGAGGAAGGCCAGCGCGGAGGGCAGAUCUCUGCGUCAGAUUCAGGAGGAGGACAUGAUCACCUUCCGCAGGGCUCUGUACCGCACCGGCGUGCGCAUCCGCAGCAUCCAGGACGGCGGCCGAUACCGAGAGAUUUCGGCCGAGUUCUUCCGGCGCAACCCUGCUUGCCUUCACCGCCUGGUUCCUUGGCUGAAGCGAGAGCUUACGGUCCUGUUUGGUGCCCACGGGUCUCUGAUCAAUAUUGUGCAGCACAUCAUCAUGAGUAACGUAACCAGGUACGAUCUGGAAAGCCAGGCCUUUGCUGACGAUCUGAAGCCCUUUCUGCUGAAUCGGACAGAGCACUUCCUGCACGAAUUCAUCAGUUUUGCUCGUUGUCCUUUUAACUUAGAAUCAUACGAUCAACACGCCAAUUAUGACUGUCCUGCACCGUCGUAUGAGGAAGGAAGCCACUCAGACUCAUCAAUUAUCACAAUAUCUCCAGAUGUGGCGUACCCGCAAGGGCCGGAUCAUAGUUUGUCUGUUCCUGGCCUUGGUCAGGCCCCGUGGGAUGACGAAACUCCGGGGCCUUCCUAUUCCAUUUCAGAAGAGGUUCGUGCAACCAUAGCUUCUCCUCUGGAGUCAUCAGAAAGUUCUGACGAGGACUCUGCUUCAGGGAGCCGAAGAACCAAGCUGCAGACUGAGUUACAGGCCAAUGCUGACUCAAACGACAGCGGCUCUUCCUCAGACAAUUGUGUCAUUGUUGGGUACGUUAAGCCGCUAGCUGAGAGGACCCCAGAAGUGGUUGAGCUGUCCUCAGACUCUGAGGAGUCCAUCAAGGAAGAGAAAAGGGAAGAUGUCAAGAAACAGCGACCAGUGCAGUGUCACAGCUGGAGUGACAGUGACCCAAGCAGGAGCUUCUCACCACAUUCCCCAACAUAUGGGGAGGAUGUAGGAGGUUGCAGAAGAUCUGUCCUGGCACAGGAAAAGCCAACAUGGAACUUCUUGUGUACACUGGAGGACUUGAGAGUGGAAUGAUCCUGAGUCAGUGUUGGGAGAGAGAUGUGUGAGAUGAGACUUAAAAGCUAACAAGAUGCCUUUCUGUUCAAGUUGCACUCCUCCUGUAUCAUCAGAAGACCCUGAUGAAAGGGAAAAAUAAAUCAAGAGUAUUGAUUUUUGCAUUGUCAGUUGAGACUCUGUCCAGGAAAUGGAACAUACUUGAUAAUAUACACUUUUGUAGAUACUUGAAGUGUGUUGGAUUAUGUUGUGCCUUGUUAAUGGUGAAAAUUACCUUCUCAAUCUUUUGUUUCCUUGUUCUCACUGUAAGUAAUUGGGAACUUUUUUACUGAAGCUCACCUGAUAAUUUUGAAGCAUUUAGACAGCUUUGUUUCAAGUAGCUAUUAUCAAUGUCACUAGGAGAAUAUAAAGUAUGUGACUGAUUUAUAGUUACACACCAGAAACAAGUCAAGAAGGCCAGCUGUAGAGAUAACUUCCUGGUUAUACUUCAUAUUCCACAUGGUUUUCUGAAAAUUGAAAGGCUUUAUACAUGAAUGGUAAAAAUGUCUUACUCCAUGCACAGGUUAAUUCCAUGUUGUUCUCUUCAUUCUGUUUAAUAAAAGCUGUAAUUUAGCAUUAGUUAGAUUAGUUUUGCACAUUUUGGAAGCUAUGGAACGAUGAAGAGCGGCAAGCAGAUGAGAUGCUCAAUGGUUUUAAGCAUGCAUCAUCCCUGUGGCAUCUCUCUGCCAUAUGCCCCUUAUGAAAAAUCCAUUAAUUCAGGUUACUUUUUUGAUAAAAGUUUUUGCUUCAGAAGGCAAAACGUCUGCUCUGAGUCUAUGCAAAGAGUUUGUGAUCUUUGCCUGUCAGAAACACCUUGUGUAUGUGGCAAAAGGCUGGGCACUUUCAGGGAGAAAAAAUACAGAUAAUGUCCCAAAUUCAGGCAGUGGUUACAUACUUUUUUCCACCUUAAACUGCUUAAGCUGAUGUCACGAUGCAUUUUGGAGUUAGUGUUGCUAUGGCAUAGCAAAACCCCUUGCAGCUUUUCCCCUUAGAUGUUUGUACUCUCAAGCAGGCAGUAAGUGCAUUGCUGAUUUAUACCUGAUUCACAUUCUUAAAGCACCCAGAAGAAAUUUGGGAACAGAGCAUGGAGUAAUAAUUAAUUGAUGCAUCUGGCCCAUGGAUGAAAACCAAGACACCAAUCUUUCAGCAAAAACUAGAUGGCCUAGGAUGAAAGCCUAGUUGGACAAUUUAAGCUAGAUAUCUAAUUCUUGGAUGUCUGUAGAGAGAAAAUAUCUAUCUAGGUUCUCAUAUGUUGGCCUAAUCAGUUUCAUACUAGAGUAAUUCAAAUUAUCCAUGCAGGCAUGAGAAGAGAAUGAAAUUGUUAAAAUAAUUACAGAUUUGUAAAUAUGGAAUAUAAAACAGGUGUUAUCUCCUGUCUUUUAAUUGUGUGUUAGUUCUUUAUGCUGCUUGAAAGCCUCAUUCUAGGCUUUUGAUAACAUUAAAACACCAUUUUUACACUGUAGAGUAAGAGAGUGCUGCCUAUGUCUUUCUUAACUUGCACUUCAAAACUUUUACUUUACUAUUUUCAAAGGAACAUUUUGUGAACUUAGCAAAAACCCGACUUCAAUUUGAGUUUCUCACUUUCAACUUGUAGCAAGUUGUGCUUGAACUUAUUAUAAAUGUAGCAAAGGAAGAAACAAGCUUUUUUCUACUUUUUUUUCAAAGGCAUGACUUUGUGUCUGCUGAGCUAGUUGUGCCAGGAAAGAGAGUCAAACUUUAGCUUGGUAGGUAUGGUCUCGUUUUCUAAAGGGCAAGUGGUUUUACAAGUCUCUACUUUGCAUUUUGUUCCCUGGGAGGGAUGAGGUUGUGUGCCUGAUUUGACAGCUCUCUACAUUCACAUGCAUGACAUCAAUUUUUUUUUUUUUUUUUCAUUUGGGCUUUUCACACAACACAGCAGGGAAAAAAAGCAUUUCUUUUAGUGAAAAAUAUGGCUGUGAACAUGUAAAUUAUCAGCAGGCUGCAGGCACAGUUUCCUGUCUUCUAAAAGUAAUAGUAACUUAGUUCUAUAUGGCAAUUGAUAUUUCCCACUUAAUUCAGCACAGAAGUUUUAUACAGAUUUCUAAACCAUCACUUACAGUUUCAUUAUCUAACUUAAAUAGCAAAAAACAACAUAGAUGAGUUAUGCUUGACCCUGAGGAAGCACUAAAAGAACAUACGCUUAUUAAUAAGAUUCCUACUAAGCUAUUUUUACAAUUGUUUCCAAAACUAGAAGUAUGUACUCUUCAAAUGAGCUCUUUUCCCAGAAGCUGUUUAGAGCUGUGGCUGAAAAAGAUAAAUUGGCCAGCAGCAGGCUGAAGCAUGAGCAAAGUAGUUCUGAGAUGUAGUUAUGCUUCUUUCUUCCUCUUGGGUAAAAGCCUCCUAAUUAAGAAAAAUUGAUAGUGGUAUUGACUUACUCAUAGACUAUCUGUGGGUGAAUCUUGCACAGAAAACACAGCCAGUUUAUUCCAGUCUACCAAUAUCUGUCUUAAGAAAGCAUGGUUUUCUGAGCUUUUAGUAUUUCAGGAAAUUGCAAAUUAUCUUUUCUACCCAUUCAAAUGUAAAGUUAGUGGUUUGAGAUACAACCAUUUUAUAAAGCAUAUUAAAUUACAUAUUUGUACACAGACUUUGUCCUAAUACAUAUUAAUAAAUCUCAUUAUAUCUGGAAUAGUAAUGAAAA